AUGCGGGUUUCGACGGCCUCAGUGGCAUUUUGCGUUGUUGGUCUGGCGGUUGGGGAUGAUGCCGCACAGCGAAUUCUCAACAGUGACGACCGCGGGUAUGACGAAGAUCCGCGCGUCGUCUCACCGGAUCUCGAUGCCUUCAUUGAGGAUUUGAUGGGAGAAUGGCAUGUACCAGGAGUCGCUGUGUCAAUCGUGGAUGCGGAGAAGACUUGGGCGAAGGGCUACGGCUAUGCCGUUCUAAACUCGACUCCUAUCACACCCCAUACCCUGUUCUAUACCGGCAGCACCACCAAGUCCUUCACAGCCGCCGGAAUCUCACUCCUGAUCGACAAUGCCAGCGCGUACAACGACCUCAGCUGGCAGACACCCGUGUCUAGCGUUCUCAGCGACUUCGUUCUCAGCGAUGAGUGGGCGACGGAACACAUCACUCUCGAAGACGCCCUCAGUCACAGGACAGGCUACCCGCGCCACGACUUCGCCUCGACGGCCACCACUGCGGAGGAAAUGGUACGGAAUCUGCGAAAUCUGCCCAUGACUGCUGAGCCACGGGCAAAGUAUCAGUAUUCCAACAAAAUGUUCGGUGUCAUGGGUUACCUCAUCGAAACCCUCACCGGGUCGUGGUUGGGCGACUUCCUCCGGGAGCACUUGUGGGAGCCGAUGGGAAUGAACGAGACGUAUUUCUCCCUCGAGGAUGCGGAGAAAAGUGAAUUGCUCCUCGCCGACGAGUACUAUUAUGACUCCGAUAGCGCGGCGUUCAUCCAGGUCCCCCAUGAACCCUGGGCAGCCGAAGAAGGUGCCGGCUCAAUCAUUUCGACUGUGCUUGAUUACGCCAAGUAUCUACGCACCAUGAUGAACGAGGAGGCGCCGAUGUCGAAGGAGGGCCAUCGGGAGUUGAAGACGCCGCGGAGCUUCUCGAGCAUGUCGAACCCGCCUUUUCUCGGCCCAGUCACUUACGCGAAUGGCUGGAACCAGGGUAUUUUUGAAGGCGAGAGGGCUUUCUUUCACUUUGGGCAGGUCACGAUGUUCGUUUCUAUAAUGAUCAUGGUACCCUCAAAACACCUUGCGGUGACGGUCAUGUCGAACACAGAAUCGCCCUUGCCGGAACUGAUUGCCCACCACAUAUUGUAUGAACAUCUCGGGGUCCCAACAGCCAAAAGAUAUGACCCGAAUGAGAAAUACAAAUCCGACCGAAAAGCUCAGCAUCAGUACCUCAAGCAUUGUGUUGAGCACAUCUACCCCUCGGUACCCGACCCACCUCUUCUACCAACGCUCCCAUUGUCGGGUCAUCUAGGAGAGUAUCACGAUCCGGGCUACGGAACGUUGAAAAUCCAUCUAUUUUGCGACGACUCAGACUCCACGUUACUCGGACAUCAGGGCAGCAAUGCCGAAAAAUGCCGACUUCGUGUCCUUGGUGUGGGAGGGGCUGGCUUUGAGUACCUCAAUCCGGUUGUGUAUCUCGAGCCGAAAUCUGGCAAUUUCUGGGUUGGCCGAGAAUAUCUCGAAUUGGGGAAGGGUAAGCGCACCCAGACACCAUUCGCGUGCAUGCGUGCGGAAUUUAAGGUUGGUAUUACUGGCUCAGUCACGUAUUUUGGGUUAGAUGUCAGAAUGGAGGGUGAAGAUGGGCCGUUGGUCUGGUUUGAGAGGGUUAGAAAGUGA